GAUGGUCAUUAAAUCUACGCGACUGACGCGCUACGGUCCUGUUAUUGUUUAGAAUUUCUCAUCAAUAUCUUGUUAUGAAGUGUUUUAGAUCGGCUUCCGGAAUUUGCUUAACUUAAAUGGAUCAUGUUUGUGUAUAUGCGUACCGUAGGACACUCACCAGUUCCCCUUAAUCCGACAUUAUCUAUCGUCUGCGUCAUUUUCAGCAAUGUACACACCCGAUACAAAGAUAAGGCCACGAUAAAGAACCUUAUCAUUCCACCUCGAUCGAAAGUCGAACGCGCAUGCCGCGCCGCGAAUUAAAAAAAAAAACAAUGCGCGCCAAAAUAUUUGUAUAUACGUUUUACUUUUUUAUUUUUAAAUUUACAAGUGGCCAGGAUUCCGUUACGGAAAAGGAGAAUGUAAUCAAAUUGUGUGCUGUUUGCACGUGCAGUGAGAUACCUGAAAUAGAUGGUACGGAUUUGGUGUUCAAUAUACAAUGUUCGGAGCUGGACACGAUUGAAAAUGUCCCUGAUUUGGAUAAAAUCGAGUGGCCGGAGAAUCCUAACGGGCUGAAAGUGUCCGCGGCAUUCGAAGGGUUAGGCCUUUCGACUCUGAGCAAGCUACCGUCGAAUACGCAAGUAGAAACCCUGCGUUUCAGCAACAACGCGAUCCAAACAUACUGGCCGGAUCCGUUCAGCGACGUUCCAAAUUUGAAAAAGCUAUCGCUAUCCCAAAACGACCUAACAGAAAUCACCCCAGACCUUUUCACGAAGAUACGAGCUUUAGAAGAAUUAGAUUUGUCGUAUAACAAGCUAGCUGAUUUUAAUACAUUGGAUUUUAAGUCUUUAGCCCACGUGAGAAGGUUGAAUUUACAAAGUAAUCAGUUGAAGAAGAUACCAGUCCGUGCCUUGGAGCCGAUGUCCGCAUUAGAAGACUUGGAUUUGAGUAAGAAUGGCAUAUACGACGUUUUACUGCAGAGAGUCGAUGGGAACACGAUGAAGGGUUUGAAGCGUCUCAAUUUGAACGGGAACCGAAUAAGAUCUAUUGUGAGGGAUUCCUUCCCCACUGAUAACAGCAUUGAACUCCUCGACCUAUCCAACAACGUCAUCGAGAUGGUGGAACCAGAGGCCUUCUCCGCCUGCACGAACCUGCGUGAAUUGAACCUUGCGCAGAACAACAUAACGUUCACUUUCGCAUUACCGCCAUCUCUUCAGAUUGCCAUCCUGAAAAUUAACACGUUGUAUCAUUGGCCUUCGUUCCCUAGUGGGAUUACGUACAUAGAUCUCUCAUAUAAUAGGUUAUCGGAUAUGUAUGAUGAGAUUGAAGCUAAAUUCGAAAAUUUAGAGGUAUUAAACAUAGCUGGCAAUCAGAUAAAAGAAUUAAACAUCGAGAAAAAACUACCCAAACUAUUCAGCUUAGACAUCGCCUAUAAUCAAUUCACUGAAAUACCAAAGAGCUUAAGCAGACAAAACCUGCCUAAUUUAGAAGAACUACGAUUAGAUGGCAACCCUUUGGAAAGUGUAUAUUUUAAAAACAUAAUAGCUGUGAAGAGUUUGUACAUGAAUGAUAUGGUUAAGUUGGUAGUGGUGGAUGAUAAAGCGUUUAGCAAUGUGGUCGGUCGUGGGAUAGAUGGAAGCGAUGAGAACUGUUUCUCUCUCUUUCUGUCUAACUGCCGGCAUUUGAGCGAGAUAAGGGAUGGAGCGUUUGAUGCUACAAUGUUGUGUAUGUUGGACGUAAGCAAGAACAAUCUAACACGCCUCUCGAAGAAUCUUCUGGACUGGUCGACCAUCUCGGAGGGCAUUGACCUCCAGCACAACCCGUGGGACUGCGCCUGCGACCUGCAGUGGUUCCUUGACGACCUGCUGCCGCAGAUGUAUGUAAAGCAUUCCAGGCUGUUGGCUGAACUGAGAUGUGGCUCUCCUCGCGCGCUAGAAGGGCUCCGCCUGGUGCACUGGUACAACUGGACCGAGAAGGCCUUCUGCGGAGACAAUUACAUGCACAGCACUUAUUUCCUUGAACCAUCGACCGAACAAGUCCCAACCAUCAGCCGCCUCGGCGUCAUACUGGGUUGUGGCGUCAUAGUGUCCCUGCUCAUAGCCAUAGCGCUAUCCGUGUACUUGGUGAAGAGUAGGAAGAGGUACCGAGUGAGACAGGCGGCGUUGAAGAGAAAGAGACAGAGCGCGUAUGAUGCCAGGAAUAGUCAGGAGCAAUUUAAAGCGUUGAACAAAGCGUAACUU